AUGGUUAUAAAAUCUACAUUGAUGUUAGACAAUGAUCCAAACAAAGGAGAGGAGGUAGCGCAAACGGAUCAAACAGAACCGUUGGAUUUAUCAAUAUCAAAAGUGAAAGUGAAGGGGGAUGGAUUACAAGGCUUAUCAAUGGAAAGAAAGGGUGAAGAAGAGAUUGGAUUACAAGUGCUUCAAACAAAGCCCUUGGAUUUAACCGCUUCAAAAGUCAGUGAUGAACGAAUACCAAUCGAAACAGUCAUGAAAGUAAUGAAAAUAUCAAAGCAGGAAAGUAGAACGAAAAAGAAGCAACGCCACGAUGUACACCAAAAGCAAGAACAUACGAUGACUCAUACCGAUGAGAAGCCGUACAGUUGUCCGACAUGCAAAAAGAACUUCACUGAGUCCGGCAAUAUGAAAAGGCAUGUGAUGAGUCAUACGGGUGAAAAACCAUACAGUUGUCCGAUAUGCGGGAAAAGUUCCACUCAUCCCGGUAAUAUGAAAAGGCAUAUGAUGACUCAUACCGGUGAGAAACCGUGCAGUUGUCCAAUGUGCAAAAAAAAUUUCACUAACCCCAGUUAUAUGAAUAAACAUAUGAUGUUUCAUGCCAAUGAGAAGCCGUACAGUUGUUCAAUAUGCAAAAAGAAUUUCACUCAGUUCGGGGAUAUGAAAAGACAUAUGAUGAUUCAUACCGGUGAAAAGCCGUACAGUUGUCCGAUAUGCAGGAAAAGUUUCACUCAGUUCGGGGAUAUGAAAAAACAUAUGAUGAUUCAUACCGGUGAAAAGCCGUACAGUUGUCCAACAUGCAGGAAAAGUUUUACACAAAAACACCAUCUACAGUUUCACAUGGUAACUCAUGACAUGAAUAGACCUGUUUACCACUGUACUGUAUGCAGUAAAGAUUUUCAGACAAAAAACGGCUUGAAAUUUCACAUGCAGAAUCAUUAA